AGCUGGUUCCUGGAUCUCACUUGGAAAAAAACAGGACAAAAGAAAAAGUUUAUGUUGUGCAGUACAUAACAACACUGAGGCUGAUCACUCAUAUCAGUAAUAGGAUGGGCUCAAUUGCAUAUCUCUUGUUUGCAUUUUUGUAGACCUCAAUAAUGUUUUUUCAUGUUGAUCAUAAAUGCAUCAGAAUGAUCAGAACUGCCAUGUGAAAUGUGUUAAUGCAAGAGUAUGUUUCAAAUAUUGUAUGAGAAAAAUCCCCCCCGCACGCUUCUGAAGAAGCAGAAUGCAGAGGUGGGGCAAGAAAUAGGACAGGUAUCCAUUUCCCUGCAGAAGGAGAAUUUGCUCAUUUUAUGAUUAAGUAUUUCUUCAAGCUGCUGCUCUCUGAGGUGCAGGGUCCUCUGCAGGAUGCCCACAAACCAAACAGAGAGGCUACAAAUGGUGGGCAGAUAUUGCAGAGGGCUGGCAGGCAGCUCCAGCUGCCCUGCUUUGAAUCCUGCUCCCGCCAGGGCACCUGGGCUGCGCUUCCACCCUGGGACAGCCUCCGGCUUCCACCCCUCACUGAAGCAACUAGUGGAAAGGACUUUCUGCCUCCCUCCAUCUGGUGUCUUUCUGCAGGUUUUUCCAUAAGAAGAAAUGGUGUACCACAGAUUCAGCCCAGUUUCUGGGAUCGGUCCUGUGAUGCCUGUAGCUGUGGCCAGUGGAAUAAGCCCACAGGCUCAGUGAAAGCAGCCAAAGGUAACAAGUGACAGGACAAGAAGAAAUGGCCUCAAGUUGUUCCAGGGAAAAAACCUCUUCACAGAAAAGGUGGUCCAGAACUGAACCAGGCUGUCCACAGAAGUGAUUGAGUCACCAUCCUUGGAGAUGCACCGCCAAUUUCUAGAGCCUGCUCAUGUGCAGCCAAGGACAGAAUUUUGCCCACAACCAGACUGACUGAAUUAAAUUGGGCAGAAAAAUUGCCAUGAAGUAGUGUGUCACAGUACAGAAAGUUUAUGUUGUAGAAAUGUUGUAUGGGUCAAAUCUGCUGCAGGAAGACCAAAGCUUUUUUGCUUUUCACUUACCAAUAUAAUUGUGCUUUAAAAGGCCUUUGUCUUAUAUAGACCUAAGAAAUCCUUAGUUGUAUUUAUUUAAAAAACCCAACGGACUUCAAAACAAUAAAAAGGUCAGUAGAAUGUUAAAUCCAGAAAAACAUGAAGAAAUAAACAGAUAUGUAGUUUCUUUUGCUUACUUUAAGGAAUUUGGGCCACAGAGAAGAAAAUUGAAUAUGAUGAAGAAUGAAGAAUCAAGUUUUAAUGUGGACAAUACCCGAGCCUCUCCCUUCUCCCGCUGCCUGCAGCCACUCAGCCCUGUUAUAAAGCCACACAGAACAACUCAAUUUGAUGAAGAAUUCAGAAUGCACCUCUCACAUUUCCGCUAUGGUCCUCCUUCUCUUGAAACCAUGGAAACAUUCCAAGGGUCCUUGGAAGGAGGGUCUCGUAAACGCAAGAGUAUGCCAACAAAAAUGCCUCCUCCCAUCACCCUUGAGGAUUCGUCAUCAUCACCAGAUAGACCUGAAGAUCACAAUGAUAUAGGCUCUUCCAGUCUCCCCUUGGUGUUCCAACAGCCCACUCAACCCAAGUACAGCUCCCAGAUGAUUGACCUCUGCAACUUUGGUUUUCAAUUCUACAGAACGCUGGAGCAUUUUGGAACCAAGCCCAUUAAGCAAGAACCAGUGAAGCCUAACAUGGCAUGGCCCAGUAGCCCAGCAUUCAUGCAGGGUCCUUACCCUUAUUAUCCUAAAGUCCACCCUGGCUUAAUGUUUCCCUUCAUUGUACCACCAAACUUUCAUUUCAGGAACCCUUUCCAAAUGAAAAGACCUCCAGAACCACCCUUCAGGAGGGCUGAAGUAAGAGAAAGUGGUGAAAACAAACAGAAAGUGGAAAGAGUAGAUGUCAACCUUCAGAUAGAUGACAGCUACUAUGUUGAUGUGGGGGGAGAACAGAAACGCUGGCAAUGUCCCAUGUGUGAGAAGUCCUACACAUCCAAGUACAAUUUAGUCACUCAUAUCUUGGGACACAGCGGCAUUAAGCCACAUGCUUGCACCCGGUGUGGCAAGCUUUUCAAGCAGCUGAGCCACUUGCACACACAUAUGUUGACACACCAAGGCACUCGGCCACAUAAGUGCCAGGUGUGUCACAAGGCUUUCACUCAAACCAGUCACCUUAAGAGACACAUGAUGCAACACAGUGACAUCAAACCUUACAACUGCAGGAUCUGUGGCAGGGGUUUUGCCUACCCCAGUGAGCUGAAAGCACAUGAGUCUAAGCAUGAGAGUGGACGAGAGAACAUUUGUGUCGAAUGUGGCCUGGACUUUCCAACUCUGGCCCAGCUGAAGAGACACCUAACCACCCACCGUGGCCCUAUACAGUACAAUUGCACUGAGUGUGAUAAGACCUUCCAGUACCCAAGUCAGCUGCAAAACCACAUGAUGAAGCACAAAGACAUCCGUCCAUACAUCUGUACCGAAUGCGGCAUGGAGUUUGUGCAGCCCCACCACCUGAAGCAACACUCCCUGACUCACAAGGGUGUGAAAGAGCACAAAUGUGGAAUCUGCGGCCGGGAAUUUACCCUGCUGGCCAACAUGAAGCGACAUGUCCUGAUCCACACCAAUAUCAGAGCAUAUCAAUGCCAUUUGUGCUUCAAGAGCUUUGUGCAAAAGCAGACUCUCAAGGCCCACAUGAUUGUUCAUUCUGAUGUCAAACCCUUUAAAUGCAAGCUGUGUGGAAAGGAGUUCAACAGGAUGCACAAUUUAAUGGGACACAUGCACUUGCACUCAGAUAGCAAGCCAUUUAAGUGCCUCUACUGCCCCAGCAAAUUCACCUUGAAGGGGAACCUAACCAGGCACAUGAAAGUCAAACAUGGGGUCAUGGAAAGAGGAUUUCAUUCUCAAGGUUUUGGAAGAGGAAGGAUUGCUCUGUCCCAGACAAAUGUCUUGAGAAGCUUGGAACAGGAAGAGCCAUUUGAUCUUUCCCAGAAAAGCCAAGGGAAGGGAGUCUCAUUUCAUUCUGAUGGUGAGAGUGCCAAGGGAAGCUCAUGCCAGGAAGAAGAGGAAGACAACUGCUAUGAGGCAGAGCGGUACAGCCCUGCCACGAACCAUGAUGAUGACAACAAGCUGUACAUGGCUCAAGAUCUCUCUGGCAAACCUGAGUGCAUGAUGAAGGACUUCAGAGAGUCCUACUGCAAGGAGAAGGAAGAGGUGUUAAGUGAGGGAGGACUGGGGAAGAGAAUAGGAAAUUCAGACAAAGAGGAGAGACAUGGAGAGGGAGAGCUUGCAAACAACAAAGAACAUCUCAGCUUUCGAUCUUUUGAAAAGGCCAGACUUGAUCAGUCUCUCUCUGAUUACUUGUAUUUCAAGCACAGGAAUAAGAGUUUGAAAGAAUUGCUGGAAAGAAAAAUGGAAAAACAAACAAUGCUUAUAGGCAUUUAA